UGGUUGGUAAAAUUAAAGUGAUGGGUUGCGUCAAACAGUGGAAGGCGGAAGGAAAAGUAGUGAAUUAUCACGAUUGGAGAGAGUGAAAACGUUUAUUUUGAUUCGAUGUAUUUUUAUAAUAUGUGAAUUUGUUAUUUUGACAUCUUGUGAAUCGAUUGCCACACAAAUGGUAUCUAAAUUAUUUGUUUUCUUAAAUACAUAGCAUUCAAUGUGCCUUCAUAAUUUUUUUCGUUCCAAUACUUGAAGGUAUGACUACUGAGUUCACACUAUGAGUUGAUUGGAAGUUUACAAUACAACUUUCAUAAAUAAAACAUGAUAAAUUCAUGACACAUUGCUAUUUGAAUCAAAAUCCUUUAAUUCACAUCAGGGAACCACUGGUGUAUGAAUUAAUCAUACAACAGUAUUCAAAUUAUUCGUUGUGAAGAUGAGUGAAAACGAAAAGAAAUGGGCAUGCGAGUAUUGCACUUACGAAAACUACCCCUCAGCACUGAAAUGUACUAUGUGUCGAGGACCUAGACCCUUUAUCAGUGAAGAUAUAUAUAGCCUACAUGAUAAUGAUGACAAAACAAACUCUGCAACAGGAUCUUGUGAUAAUGGACAAAACAUAAACUUGUUGCAGUGUAAAAACUGCACUUUCCAAAACCAUAAAAAUGAUCAAACCUGUAGCCAAUGUGGAACCUCUUUAGUGAACGCAAGUAAUUUACACGAAUACAUACAGCCAUUAAACAUAACCCAACAUUCAGAUCUGGCUCAAAGUUUGUCCCAGCCUCGUAAUAAGAGCCCUCCAGCAAGUGAAAUAAAUGUGGAAAAUAGUAGAAGAAUGACGUUAGGAAAAUGGACCUGUUUGAUGUGCACUUAUGAGAACUGGCCCAGAGCAGCAAAAUGUUCCAUGUGUGGACAUCCGCCUCAGAAUUCUCAAAGGCAUCCUUCCUCUAGCCACAUAAUCUCCCCCUCAAAUCAAAACAUCGAUGUCAAUAACCAAGAAGACUUAUUCAUAACACCUUCAAAUAUAAUGGAAGAGAACAAUUGCGAAACUGAAAAAAAAUUGAGACUCAUGAGAAGAAAAGCAGACUGGAAUUGGUUAAAUGCAUGUAUAGGUGUGAUUGAAGGAAAUCCGGUACCUGUGGAACAUUAUCUUUCAUCAGGUGGUGACCCGGCACGAACUUUAACUGCCUCAGAAGUUGCAAUACUCAACAGAAGUUCUGCUUUCGAUGUAGGUCAUACUUUAGUUCAUUUAGCUAUAAGGUUCCAGAGAGACGAUUUAUUGGCAGUGCUCUUAACGCAAAUAGAAGGUUCUGGUUCUGGACUUAAAAAAGUUCCAAGUUAUAUUGCACCUGAUAUUGCCGCUGAUAUUCGACGACACUUCGCCGCUACUAUUCGUCAUGGGAAAGGCAGCUUUCCAUGUAGUUUCGUAACUGAGUUUCCCACCUUUGCCUUACCUGCAGAAGUGGAUGAGCUACCGAGUCCUGUCCAGGAGCAGCUAUUCAGUGAACUGUUGGAUAAAGAUGCCCAGCACACGUUAGAAACCGAUCCCGCUGUCAUCAAUUGGUCUUUAGAACUGACCGUUCGUUUGGGAUCACGUUUACACGCCUUAUGGAAUAGAUCUUCGGGCGACUGCUUGUUAGAUUCUGUUAUGCAAGCGACCUGGGGAGUCUUCGACAGAGAUAAUCAACUGAGGAGAACAUUGGCCGAGAGUCUGAACCAGGGUGGCGAAAUGUUCUACCCACGUUGGAAAGAGUAUGAAGCAAACCACGCGUCUUUCCUUCAGUAUUCACUGGAAGAAGAACAAUGGGAAGAAGACUGGACAAGCUUACUAUCGUUGGCAAGUCAACCUGGCACAAGUUUAGAGAUGCUCCAUGUAUUUGCCUUGGCCCAUAUAUUGAGAAGACCGAUUAUAGUAUAUGGCGUUAAGUACGUUAAGAGUUUUCGAGGGGAAACUUUGGGAUAUUCUAGGUUUGAAGGUGUAUAUUUGCCACUGUUAUGCGAACACAGCUUUUGUAUCAAAACUCCUAUCGCCUUGGGUUAUACGAGAGGACAUUUCUCAGCCUUGGUUCCGAUGGAGCCUUAUAGCCGAAUAGAAGCUAGGUUACCUAAAAGUAAUCUAGCACCUGAUCAACUGCAGAGCAUCUUUUUGCCUUUGAUGACCCGAGAUCGAAAAGUAUUACCAAUUCAUUUUCUUACCGAAUCUGAGAUGGGCAGAGAAGAAGCAAUAUUACGUCAUUGGAUGGACGUAUGUGAUACGGAAGGUGGCAUAUUAGUUGCUCAACAACUAUUACAUAAAAGACCCCUCUUGGUGGCUCAGAUGGUUGAGGAAUGGUUAAAUCAUUAUCGAACUUUAGCUCAAGCCACCAGUGCUCCAUUUUCACGUCCAAUUCCCGUACAAGACUAUUCCAGCGAUGGAGAUACUGACGAUGAAUAACAGAAGCCGAAGUGUCCUAACUUGACACAUGCUGGAUAGUUGAGCUUUAGUACCUUAACAUGAAACUAUAUGUAAUUACUAGAUAUAAACAAUAAAUUUGAUCAUAGGGGCUGUUUUUUGGGUGAAAUGCUACACUCAUAAUUUCUGCACGGAAAAUCGAUAUUUCGAAUUCAAUAAAUAUAAUAUUUUAUAUAUUCAUACAUUUAAGUUGAUUAUUCUCUCAUAUUUGACAUGGGUUUGAAAAACCUGAGAACUUUAAUUAUUCAAUGAGUAGUACAAAAACUAAAGGAGAGUUAACAAAAAUUGCAAAUUAGCACAGGUAGUGAGUUUUCAGUUGAAAAUGAAUUCCAUUUUAGAUCUUUACAAAUUUAAUUUGUAGUUUAACACUUGUUUUUUCCUGCAGAAUUAAAAUACUUGAAUAUUAAGUUUAUUAAGUAGUGCGACUGCUCCUUCAAAUAAUAUAGAUACUUACGUUUGUUAAUUUCUUUGUCCUUAUUUAUUUUUUGUUGGGAUGUUAUAUCUAUCUGUUGAUGAUUGUUGUCUAUAAAUUAAGAAUGAAACAUUUUAGUGCGUAAUUUUUCAGAAGGAAUUUCAAUUUGAUGAAUGUCAAUUUAUUACAAAUUUUGUGAAUGCUAUAGUAGGAGUACGAUUUUGAAAAACAUAUUUUCAUUGAGAAUCAUUUAAUAUAUAUCUAUCUAAUUGUUAACACUGUUGAAAUUAUAUUAUUUGAAAUAAAGAAUACCAUUCUU